AUGCCUCUCAAAGAAGAAGAGGCUUCGUCCGAAGCAAGGGCAACGGCUCUCACGCAAAGCAAAACCGAGAGAUGCAUCAUAUUUGCCGGUGAUCUCUCGGGUCCAAUCCUUGCGACAGGCGGUGUCAACGUCGGUAACGACGUCAAGAUUGAGAGCUGCAUUCGUAUCGAGAGAUCCCAGGAGUUGGAUCUCCAUAUCUUCCUCUGGCUACAGUUUCCCGACGGCGCAGACAACGAGGAUCAGGGUCGCGGUAUGACGACGACAAGGUCUGCCUUGUUGGCAUGGGCUUGCCCUACAGCAACAUACUGGAGCCCGACCGAGAAUGGUUCUCUUCAUGGAGUCACUCUGGCCGACUUCAUUCGCCGCAAGACCUUUCAUGUGCUUCUGGUCAAGGGUCAUCCGGUUCACAUGCAGAAGAGGUUCGGCUUUGGAUCUCUACCGCCGCCCUUCGACUACCCCUAUGGUGAUCUUCACGACUUCGACCUCGAACGAUCCGCAGCCUUUCUGGCCAAAGCCCCACGGAAGGAGCCGUUCCAUGAGGCCAUGAGUUUCAAGAAUGACAACGCGAGGCUGACCGCUACGACACAGUCGCUGAUCCAGGAUGUGCUAUAUGUUUGGCAGCAGGCCCAGCUCAUCGCUGCUGUUAAGUUGCAUGCCUACUUUGUCCCUAUUCCCGGUUGCAAUAAUAAGUACUACACCAUACUCUCUCUUCCACAAGAGUUCAUGAACGAGUACGCGCCUGCUUGGAAUUGCCUCAUGAACUUUCAAGUAUCCUUAUCGGUGUGGGAUGAUCCGGAUAAAGAGCUGUCUAUGAGGCGCUGGCAAUCCAAAUUCAUCUCAUACACCAGCGGUAUUGAGGCUCUCGUGCCCCAUCAGACCGCCGGGUCUGGAGUCGUGCUUGUCACGGCACGGCCGCCUGAGUCUGGCACCACUCGGGACGUCUCGACUUUCAGCAGCCGGGUUGAAGCUGAAGAAGCUGGGUUGGCGCAAUAG